UCCAAAAGGCAUAGAUAACAUCGCUAAGAAAUUUCACCUCCAUAUAAACUAAUCGCCAGUAGCAGGGAGCCACAGUUUGAAACUAUGGCGCGGUCUGGUAUCUUAGUAUCUUUAGUGUAUGGUGCUGCGACUCUACUCGUGGCUUGCCACGCCGCGGGAUAUGGUCCCGGGGAACAAGCCUGGGGAUACGUAGACGUAAGAGAAGGAGCUCACAUGUUCUAUUGGCUUUACUAUACAACAGCAAAUGUCAGCACUUAUACUGACCGACCGCUAGUCAUAUGGUUGCAAGGAGGUCCAGGUGCAUCUUCAACUGGUUAUGGAAAUUUCGAAGAACUCGGCCCUCUAGACUUGGAUAACAAUGAAAGAGACUUUACCUGGGUCAAGGACGUAAACGUUCUGUUCAUUGACAACCCAGUCGGAAGUGGAUUCAGUUACGUGGACAGCUCAAAAUACUUAACCACUGAUAACAAAAUGAUCGCAGACGAUCUGGUUACACUCAUGAAAGGAUUUUAUAAAAAGCAUCCCGAGUUCAAGACCGUCCCAUUGCAUAUCUUUUGUGAGAGUUAUGGAGGCAAAAUGGCUGCUGAGUUCGCUUUAGAGUUGGACCGAGCUAUCAAAAAAGGAGAAAUCGAGUCAAAUCUGAAAUCAGUAGGACUGGGAGAUUCCUGGAUUGCUCCAAUUGUAUCUGUUUACUCAUGGGCACCACUCCUCCUUAAUAUGGGCAUUGUCGACCAAGAUGGAUACGAAGCAAUUAUGAAAUCUGCUGUGAAAACAGAGAAAGCCGUAAAUGAAAAUAAAUGGUCGCAAGCGACUCAACUAUGGGGAGUCACUGAAAUGGUACUGUUGCAAGUUUCCAAAGGUGUCGAUUUCUACAAUAUAUUGCUACCAACAUCUGCGCAAUCGACAAAAAGCCAAGUCAGAUUACUCGCAAAAGAUAUACUCGAAACCAUGUUUUUUGAUUUACUUAUUCCAGGUGGAAUGCAUAAUACUUUAGUACGUUUUGAUUUACGGGACAACCGAGAUGAUCUACUCGAAGAUUUAAUGCGUGGAGAAGUAAGUAAAGCUCUCAAUAUUCCAGCAAAUGUAACUUGGGGAGCGCAAAGCCAGAUAACAUUCAACGCAUUAUCCGGGGAUUUCAUGAAACCUGUUGUUCAUAUUGUUGAACAGCUCCUAAAUGAGACCGAUCUGGACGUAGCAGUUUACACCGGACAAUUGGAUUUGAUUUGUGCUACACCUGCCACUGUAGCUUGGGUUGACUCUAUGAAAUGGAAAUCCAGCGGUGAUUAUUUGACAGCACCGCGAAAUGCCAUGAGCGUUAAUGGUAUCCUGGAGGGUUAUGUUAAGCAAACUGGAAAGUUUUCCAUGUACUGGGUAAAUCGUGCUGGCCAUAUGGUACCCGCCGACAACCCAGCUGCAAUGGAUUACAUUUUACGUAAAAUGACCAAAUAUAAUGAAGAUAAUUAAAAACGUUAAA